GGAGGCGGAAGCGGCCUGGACUCGACGUCGCCGCCUGCGAUGGGAAGUGCCUUAUAAAGCCGCCGCCCGGCUUGGCCUUCGCACUAACCGCGGUGCUGCCCGGAGCGCGGGCCGAGGCUGGGACAAGGCCAGACCUUUUCCCGGACAAACACGGGUCUACGCUGCCCGAGACGCCCCGCACCGCCCUGGGUCCUGAGCAACCUUGGGUUCUAGACUGACCCGCGCGGCCACCCGCCCUCGCGCGGGCGCGCCUCCUGCCGGCGGGCGGACGGGCAGAGACCCGGGGCCGCGGGCGCCGGGGCGGCGGGGGCAUGCCCGGCCCACAGCAUGGCCUCGGCGGUGUUUGAGGGCACGUCGCUGGUGAACAUGUUCGUGCGCGGCUGCUGGGUGAACGGCAUCCGCAGGCUUAUCGUCAGCCGGCGCGGCGACGAGGAGGAGUUCUUCGAGAUCCGCACCGAGUGGUCGGACCGCAGCGUGCUCUACCUGCACCGGAGCCUCGCCGAUCUGAACCGCCUGUGUAAGCGGCUCCGUGACGCCUUCCCCGAGGACCGGCCCGAACUGGCUCGCGUGCCGCUGCGACAAGGGCUGGUAGCCAUAAAGGAUGCUCACGACAUAGAGACUAGGCUCAAUGAGGUGGAGAAGCUGCUUAAGACAAUCAUCAGCAUGCCCUGCAAGUAUUCUAGGUCAGAAGUUGUGCUCACCUUCUUUGAAAGAUCUCCUCUGGAUCAGGUAUUAAAAAAUGAUAACGUACAUAAAAUUCAACCCAGCUUCCAAAGUCCUGUCAAAAUAUCAGAAAUCAUGAGGUCCAAUGGAUUUUGCUUAGCAAACACAGAAACGAUAGUUAUUGACCACAGCAUACCUAAUAGGCAAGACCAGCACUUGGGCGACGAUCCCACAGAGCAUUUGUUUGAAAACAGCAGCGAGUUCACCUCAGAGAUGGAAGAUGGUGAUGACCCUGAGGCCUAUGUCACCAACCUGUCCUAUUACCACCUGGUCCCCUUCGAGACGGACAUUUUGGACUGACUUCUCCAGGGGCCUCCCCUGCUUCAGCCAAUGGCUGCAUGUCCUAAUGCUGUCCACUGGGUGGCCCCAAUGGCAAAAAGCUGUGGGCCCACCCAGAGGUUUUGUCACCACCCCUUGUGAGGCCCAGUGUCCUGCAGUUGGCACUGCAGAGGCUCCUAGUGGCUACAGACUGAUAGUAGGUUCAACAGUGGAAGUCCACACAGCCUGAGGGGUCAUCUUUGGGCUUCUACCACCAGCCUGCCUCUCCCCCUGCCCCCCCCCCCCCCCCAGGACCUACUGCCCUGCUUGGAGUGCCACAGAGCACAUGCUCCAAGUGCUGUCACUGCCUUUUCUUGCUGUCACUGCCUCCAUAGGGAGAGCAUUCUUCUUGGUCUAGGGGCCCUGGCCCCCCUGACUCCCCACCAUUUCCUCAUGUGUCAGAGAUACAAAGCAUUUAGGAGGAAGUUUUGAUGAGUCAUGGCUUCUGGACAACAGGGUCCGGAUGUUCUGGGGUGCAGGGUGUCCCUGGGAACCAGGAUGACUGGUUUCUGUUGUGGUUUUUUAUUCAUCUUCUCCCUGGAAACUAGUUUUUAGAAUAGCAUAAAGGACUGUUCACAGAAGGUCAAGCACAAGUAGAAGUUCUGGCUACAGAGAGGGGAGGUUGCUGGCAAUCAGGUGAACCAUGAACUUGACCCAAGAGAUAAGUGUCUCCUCAAGAGGAAAGGAAUUCUACCCUGGCUGCCAGCCACUCCCAGCCUUUCUGUGCUGGGUAUACACUCUGUCACUACAGCCCAGGGUCUGAAGUUCAAGGACACAGUGUCCUGAUGAAUAGGAAGUGAAGGGAGGCAGGUACAACCCCGGCUGUCCCUCAGCUCAGGGGAAGGUAUGUCAUCCUCGUCUCCUUGUCUACUAAUGACUAAUAUUUGUUAAUGUAAAUAAUAGUAAAUUAUUGAGAAUUCUAAUUCUUUUACAAAGUCUGUUUUUAAUCUAUUUUAAGUAAAUAAAAUCAAUCCUCUACUUUGA